AUGAGUAAUAAGAGGUUUGGCAGCAGCAAGACGAGGAGGAUAAGGAUGCCUAUGUCCACAAUCAAGUUCGUGAAUGUUGUUGAUGAUUCUGAUAUCCCAGACGAGAUUUUGGUCGAAAUACUUCUGCGACUUCCACUGGAGGCUAUAUUCAAGUUCAAAGCUGAAUCCAAGCGAUGGCUUUCUCUUAUUUCUCAUCCUUCUUUUGCCACUUCUUUUCGGAAGACUAGUUCAUUUCCAGCAUGGUACCUUCUUUAUCAGUAUGGACGUCAUGGAUCUCGUCGGAAUCGGAUUCCUGCCAAACAUAUGCGCCUCCAUGUAGCAUUAGAACAGCGUCCUGACUUCUCAUCGCCAAUUUUUUCCCUUGAAUUCCUUGCCCGCCAACGAGAUCAACACCCCAAAAGUUUUAGCACAAAGCAAUGGCCUCGGUAUAGGCAAACUGAUUAUUAUGUAUGCAAUCCACUAAAACAAUGGGUCUCUCACCCUAAACCCCUCCAAUCAACCGCAAAUGGGUGCUCAUUAGAUUCAGUUGCAGCAGCAGCCAAUAUGGAUCUUACAAACUGGUGCGAAUUACUGGUUUCUGGUCUGAACUUAGAUGUGCUUCAUGUGGAAAUUUUUUCUCUAGAUUUUGUUAAGGAUGGAUAUGAAAGUGUCUUGUCCUCGGCCUGUUUGUAUGCAUCCGAGAGAUUGUUUGCUGUGCUCUCCAAUGGGAUUAUGCAUUGGCUUGCAUUUUAUCCUAGAACAAUCAUAGCAUAUGAUCCAAGCAAGAAUCCUGAUCAGUGCCGCUUGAUCGACUUACCUAGAGGAAGUGGAAUUUCUCAGUAA